AGAGUUCCUGUGAUGCCCCAGGGCGGGCGGAGCUGGUCGGGGUUGCGAUGCCGUACAAGGACCGUCAGAAUCGCAGCUGCGGCUUUCUGGACAUCGAGGAGAAUGAGAGCAGCGGCAGGUUCCUGCGCCGAUACUUCAUCCUGGACACGCAGCAGGGCAGCCUGCUGUGGUACAUGGACAACCCACAGAAUCUGCCUAAAGGUGCAGAGAAGGUGGGAUCUCUAAAGCUCACCUACAUCUCGAAGGUCAGUGAUGCCACCAAGCUCAGACCAAAGGCAGAGUUCUGCUUCGGUGAGUUCACCUUCACUUUCUUCUCCUCUUCCUCCGUCUCCUCCGUUUGUUUCCUACGCUACAGCUCUAUCCACUAUGAAGGAGCACGAGGGCCAAGAACCAGACGAAGAUGA